CCCACCGUAAAUUUCUGUCCACCUUCUUUGCUGACUAUCUCACACAGUGACACUUCCACUCUCCCAUCCUCGUUGCCUUCACCUCCACCGAUCGCCGCCAUCUUCCUGCCAUGUCAGGCGACGAAAAAUGGUGCGUGGUCACCGGAGGCCGAGGCUUCGCGGCGCGCCACUUGGUCCAGAUGCUGAUCCGAUACGAUGUGUUCCGGGUCAGAAUCGCCGACCUCGGCUCCACCGUUGAUCUAGAACCUUCCGAAGAAAACGGCAUUCUAGCCGAAGCCCUGAGCACCGGUCGCGCCCAGUACGUGUCCCUCGACCUCCGCAGCAAGAGCCAAGUUCUUCAAGCGUUACAAGGCGCGGAGGUUGUGUUCCACAUGGCGGCUCCAAAUUCGUCCAUCAACAAUUACAAGCUCCACCACUCGGUCAAUGUAGAAGGAACUCAGAAUGUGAUUGAUGCUUGUACUGAGUUCAAAGUAAAGAGACUAAUCUAUACUAGCUCCCCGAGUGUUGUUUUCGAUGGGAUUCAUGGGAUUAUUGACGGGGAUGAGUCUUUGCCAUAUCCACCUAAGCACAAUGAUUUCUAUUCUGCAACGAAAGCCCAAGGAGAAGAAUUGGUCAUCAAGGCAAAUGGUGUUAAGGGGCUUCUCACCUGUUGCAUUCGCCCUAGCAGCAUUUUUGGACCUGGUGAUAGGUUGCUGGUUCCGUCAUUGGUUGUUGCCGCCAGGGCAGGGAUAUCCAAGUUCAUCAUUGGUGAUGGCAACAACAUUUAUGAUUUCACAUAUGUUGAAAAUGUGGCGCACGCGCAUAUAUGUGCAGAGCGAGCUCUUGCAUCAGAAGGGACAGUUGCAGAUAAAGCUGCAGGGCAGGCAUAUUUUAUAACCAAUAUGGAACCUAUCAAGUUUUGGGAGUUUGUUUCACUUAUUGUAGAAGGUCUUGGCUAUGAAAGGCCAAGAAUAAAAAUCCCUGCCUUUGUUGUGAUGCCAAUUGCACAUAUGGUGGAGUUGACAUAUAAGCUUUUAGGCCCAUAUGGGAUGAAGCUUCCACAGUUGACGCCUUCGAGAAUUAGACUCCUCUCUUGCACCCGAUCUUUUAAGUGUUCGAAAGCACAGGAUCGAAUCGGCUACACACCCAUCGUAUCACUUCAGGAUGGUCUGAAGAGGACAAUUGAUGCAUACCCACAUUUGAGGGCUGAACAUCGACCGAAAAGAGAAGGACCAUCUAAAGCGUCAAUAUAUCUUGGAAGUGGAAGGGUAGCUGACACAUUACUCUGGAAGGAUAAAAAACAGACGUUGAAGGCGUUAAUUGUUUUGAUUGCAAUCUACUACAACUUCAUUGUACCUGAAUCUACAAUUAUUACUAUGCUUUCAAAGGUUCUCCUGGUAGCUUCAGUAUUUGUGUUCACUCAUGCCGGUUUACCUAAAAAGAUAUUAGGAUACAAAAUUGAGAAGCUUCAGUCAUCACAUUUCCGCUUAUCAGAAGAGACGUCGCAACAAAUUGCCAAGUCUCUGGCUUCAUCAUGGAAUGCAUCUGUUAAAACUUUGAAAUCUCUUGCCAAGGGAUAUGACGGGAUAUUGUUCCUUAAGGUUGUUCUCACCCUAUUGGUUCUUAGCUUCCUUGGAGCGUUUUCACUUCAGAACUUAUAUGUUAUAGGAGUUCCCGCUGCCUUCAUAGUUUUCUACGUGUACGAGAAGGAGGAGCAAAAAAUUGAUGACAUGGUCCUAGAAGCUCUCUCUCGUGGACGCAAAUUGAAAUCUGAUGUUGUCAAAAAGUUCUGUACAUCCAAGAAGAUUGAGUGACCGACUGCUGAUAGCUACCUGCCACUGCUUGCCUGAGAAUUGAUAUAGAAUUGCGGUGUUUGAUACGAUUGUUGUGCCCUGUAUUAUCUUCUUUUUCUUCAACCGGAACAUCCCUAAAAAUAUAAGAAACGAAGAAAGGUCCCAUUUGAUUUAUUUUUUGUAAUUAGAUUGUAUGAUUUUGUAUAUUACUCUAGUUUCUCGCUAUUUUUGACUAAUUUUUAAACUUUUAACUCUACCCGAAGUUAUAUUUAGUUUCUUGUUCAUUGUUCUCUUA